AUGCCUCCCAAGCGUACACGCGAAAACAAUGAGGAAUUCGUUCCCUCAUCUCCGGUCCGAGCCGCGAAGCGCGUCCGUACCAAUGGCGAAUUCACCAGUUCAGCCAGGAGCAGUCGAUCGGCUGCAAGUGGCCGUAGACAUAUACACAGACGCCGCACGACCUCUGACCUCUGUCGGUCGAAGCAAAAAGAGGACGUAAUUCCCGAUAGCGAGCUGGAGGAUCUCGGUGUCCAGGUGAAGCGAACCGCACACCGCCGUACUCGCACACGCGCCCGCGAGAGCACCCCUGAGUAUCACGGCAAUCGCGCGAGGAAGACGGCGGAGAAGAGGGCUGAGAAGGAGCGCAAGGGUGAAGAUCGUUCGGAGAAGCAGGUGAAGAAGUUGCUGAAGGAGUUGAGCGAACUGCAUGACAGUCUAUCCGUCCACGAGCAAGUGACAUCUAGGAGGAGGAAUGCUCACCGUUGUAGCUCACGCAUCUCUCGUCGCUCAGAGAGCCUCGAACCCGAGGACGACUACAUCGAGGCGAACGCCGCCGAACAAAACCGCACGCGCGCUUCCAAGCCGCAGCGUAAGAAUUCCAACUCUAUCCGCAACCGCUCAAGCCGCUCUCACUCUGAGGAAAAGGGCCACUACAACGAAGUUGAUGACUUAGAAGUCACCUCUAAGCCGCUCCGUAAAUUUCUCUACCAGAACAACGAGCGCGACGCGAUGGACGAUCCGCCGAAAGCCGGAGGUAAGCACUUCUUGGAGCUGCCGGCAGAACUUCGUAACAAGAUCUACGACUACCUCGCUGAAGACGAAGUAGAUCGGGAGGAAAUCACCAUCCGCCUACGCCACAGCGCACAGGGCCGCCGCUCAAGGCGCACCAGCAGCAACCCACGCUUCCCAGAUUCGUCGUUGAGUUUGACGCAGACCUGUCGUCAGAUCCGUCAGGAGUACCUUCCUAUGAUCCAGCGAGCACGAUCUGUGCGCGUGCCAUUGGAUCAGCUGCACGACUAUCUAGACACUUUCCAUCCACCAGAAGAUCCUGCCGACCCGCAUCUCCGUCCUUCCGGCAACAUAGAGCCAUUCUGGUCGGACAUUGCGUUCCCGGACCCUAUCGACAUCCUCUCCCUUGCCAAGAUCGUGCACGGCUCGCCCGACCUCCACAUCCGUUUCCAGAAGCCAGACCCAGAGGAUGUUCUAGAUCCCGAACGCCAUGAACUCUCACUUAUUAAGACUAUUAUCGACACCUACCCAAAAUGGAGGGUCCUCGAGCAGGACGCGGACAUACAAGGAAUCUAUCUCAGCUCACGCACGCAACUCCGCCUCCGAGCGGAGUACGAGCGCACCAUCAGAAUGGAAUGCGCCAAAUAUGACAUCGAAGAUGCUCUGGGCACGUGGAUCUUCCGAACCAAGAUAGCGGAUCUUGAGGGCCUUCGCAUUGUCGCUGAAGACGACCUUUCGUCUCACAGUUGGAAGACUGUUUAUCGCGGCCGUGUCAACUACCGGCUGGGUAAUGGGGGAGAACAUAUGGUCACGUAUAGGAUGGAACGGAACCGCAGUCACCCGGCUGGCUGGAUUGCACGGGUUUAG